UGGUUGCCCAUUUGUUUUCUUCAGGCAUUAUUUUGGUCAGCUAAAACACAUUGGUGGGUCCUUGAAAGCGUAGUACCGUAGCGCUAGUCUGAGUCUGGCCGAUCGUUUGACAGGGCAAACGGUGUCGGCAAACACAUAACGCCAGUGCAGAACAUAAUGGCUUCCAUGUUGCUGAACACGAUGCGGGGCUGCUCGGUCAGCCCUUCCUGGGCGAUGCGGUUUGGGGCACGCUCUCUCAGUACGACGGCCCAGCUUCAGGCUCAGGUUCAGACAAAGAGCAAAAAGACACUGGCCCGGCCUGGUAUGAAGAAUAUAGUUCUGGUGGAAGGAGUUCGAACGCCUUUCCUGUUGUCUGGAACUACAUAUGCUGACUUAAUGCCCCAUGACCUGGCCAGAGCAGCUCUGCAGGGUCUGCUGCACAGGACAGGUGUACCCAAAGAUGCUGUAGACUACAUCAUCUAUGGAACAGUCAUUCAGGAGGUCAAAACCAGCAAUAUAGCCAGAGAGGCAGCACUGGGUGCAGGCUUCUCUGACAAGAUCCCAGCUCACACUGUCACCAUGGCCUGCAUCUCGUCCAACCAGGCAAUGACCUCAGCUGUUGGUCUGAUUGCUGCAGGCCAGUGUGACACUGUUGUGGCAGGAGGGGUGGAGUUCAUGUCCGAUGUUCCUAUCCGUCACAGCCGUAAGAUGAGGAAGACCAUGCUGUCCCUCAACAAGGCAAAGACCCUUGGCCAGAGGCUCAGUCUGAUUGGCAGCAUCCGGCUGGCACACCUCUCCCCGGAGCUUCCUGCUGUGGCUGAGUUCUCCACAGCUGAAACGAUGGGCCACAGUGCUGACCGUCUGGCUGCUGCAUUUGGGGUCUCCAGAGUGGAGCAGGAUGAGUUUGCUCUGCGGUCACACACUCUGGCCAAAAAGGCCCAGGACGCCGGUCUGCUGCAGGAUGUCAUCUCCUUUAAAGUGCCAGGUCGUGAUAUUGUUUCCAAGGACAACGGCAUCCGCCCAUCCUCCAUGGAGCAAAUGGGCAAACUAAAGGCUGCCUUCAUUAAACCGCACGGCACAGUCACCGCCGCCAACUCCUCCUUCCUGACUGACGGUGCCUCUGCUGUGCUGAUCAUGUCUGAAGAGAAAGCUUUGGCUAUGGGUUACAAGCCUAAAGCCUACCUCAGAGACUUUGUCUACGUGUCUCAGGACCCCAAAGAUCAGCUGCUUUUGGGGCCAACGUACGGUACACCAAAGGUCCUGGAACGGGCUGGCUUGACCAUGAGUGACAUCGACGUCUUUGAGUUCCACGAGGCAUUCGCAGGUCAGAUAAUGGCAAAUCUGAAGGCUAUGGACUCAGACUGGUUCGGCCAGACGUACUUGGGCAGGAAAUCAAAGGUGGGAGCUCCUCCCAUGGAGAAGUUCAACUUGUGGGGAGGCUCUCUGUCUCUGGGUCAUCCAUUUGGUGCCACAGGCUGCAGGCUGGUUACCACAGUGGCACACCGGCUGCAGAAGGAGGGAGGACAGUAUGGACUGGUGGCGGCUUGUGCUGCUGGAGGACAGGGUCAUGCCAUGGUGAUCGAGGCCUACCCCCAGUAAAGUGCUUAACACACCACCUGUGACCCGAUCUUCAGGUUCAUCAUGACGGCUACAAACACAUUAACAUCUAGACAACAGAGUGUACAUACUAGCACCACUUUGCCUUGAUGAGAGAGGAGUCAGAGACAGUAUGUGAGUGUGUUUGAGGAAUUUUGUGUAAAUGCAGCGUUUCUCAGAGUCUGUUAAAUUAUAGCAGAAUGUCGUUGAGGAAUGUUGCCUAGGACUUUGUUGAGGUGCGCCAUGUUAGCGUUGUCACUGAGUCGAAUGUAACAUAGCAAAAUUUAAGCACUCAGAGGAGCUAGAGUGAUCCUAAUGUUUAUAUAUGCUGUAAUAUUCUUUUCUUACGUACCGUUGGAAUUAAAUAGUGUGAUGAUACCCACACUGACACUCA